GAAUUCCGUAUGCAAAGGCACCAGUUGGUAAUUUGCGAUUUCGGAAACCAGAAAUGAUAACUUCACUUCCGGCGUCACCAUUUAUGGUAAGAAAAUUAGGCCCUGUUUGCCCACAACCAAAUAUCAAAUUGUUUGGUUUGACAAGUUCGGAAGAUUGUUUAUUUUUAAAUAUAUAUGCACCAAUGACACCUUCAUCAGCACAGUUAAAGUCUGUGAUGAUAUACAUCCACGGAGGGGGAUUCAAUCUAGGAUUUUCAGAUAUCUACGACGGUAGUAUACUCAGUGCCUAUACCGAUGUUGUAGUUGUGGCGAUGAAUUAUCGAAUCGGUCCUUUGGGAUUUUUCAGUACCAAAGAUGCCGAAUCACCUGGCAAUUUCGGUUUAUGGGAUCAACGCUUGGCAAUACAGUGGGUUUCAGAGAAUAUUGCAGUAUUUGGGGGAGACAACUCUAAAAUUACGAUAUUUGGUGAAUCUGCCGGUGGAAGCAGUGUCGUGUAUCAAACUCUAUAUCCUGGAAAAAUGGGUUGUUUCAACGUGCUAUUGCAGAGAGCGGUACUAUCGCCGCCUGGGGAGUAAAUCGAUUUGAUUCAAACUACAAGGCGUCUAUGGAUUUCGCACAGUAUGCUGGUUGUGGCGGCUUAAGCCACGUAUUAACGCUCCAGUGUCUUCGAAACAAAUCAUCAGGUGAUAUUCGCACGGCGACCGAAGCGUAUGAAGCUUCGGAGCCUGUUAAUUUAGUGAACAAAACAUGGGUUCCUGUUUACGACGGGGACUUUGUUUUAACAAAAACAGACCAGCUUCUAGAGGAAAUGGGCAGCACACCCGGUAAUUCAAAAUUUACAACAUUCCAUGAUGUGGACUUGAUGAUAGGUGCAACAAAAAUGGACGGGAAUGUUUUUCUCGGGAAUUGG